AAACGGAACAAGAUUAUUCUUCAAGUAACCACGGUAGUACGUGGUGCGUGCGGAGCAGAAAAAAAUAUAGUAGUGUUAAGUAAUUUAAUAAGUUCACAUACAAAAUGAGGGAAAUCGUACACAUCCAGGCUGGUCAGUGCGGCAACCAGAUUGGCGCUAAGUUCUGGGAGAUCAUCUCUGACGAGCAUGGCAUCGACCCUACCGGCGCGUACCAUGGCGACUCAGACCUGCAGCUGGAGCGCAUCAACGUUUAUUACAAUGAGGCCUCCGGUGGCAAGUACGUGCCGCGCGCCAUCCUUGUCGACCUCGAGCCCGGCACCAUGGACUCGGUGCGCUCCGGACCCUUCGGACAGAUCUUCCGGCCUGACAACUUCGUCUUUGGUCAGUCCGGCGCCGGUAACAACUGGGCUAAGGGUCACUACACAGAGGGCGCGGAGCUCGUCGACUCCGUUCUUGACGUAGUACGCAAAGAAGCAGAGUCCUGCGACUGCCUGCAAGGUUUCCAACUCACACACUCCCUCGGUGGCGGCACCGGCUCUGGCAUGGGCACACUACUUAUUUCUAAGAUCAGGGAGGAGUACCCCGAUAGAAUAAUGAACACGUAUUCCGUCGUACCCUCUCCCAAAGUGUCAGACACAGUAGUAGAACCUUACAACGCCACACUCUCGGUCCACCAACUCGUCGAAAACACAGACGAAACCUACUGCAUUGACAACGAGGCUCUCUACGACAUCUGCUUCCGCACGCUCAAGCUCUCAACACCCACAUACGGCGACCUGAACCACCUGGUGUCGCUCACAAUGUCUGGCGUGACCACCUGCCUGCGAUUCCCCGGUCAGCUGAACGCCGACCUGCGCAAGCUGGCCGUCAACAUGGUGCCCUUCCCACGGUUGCACUUCUUCAUGCCCGGCUUCGCACCGCUCACCUCCCGCGGCAGCCAGCAGUACCGCGCCCUCACCGUGCCCGAGCUCACCCAGCAGAUGUUCGACGCCAAGAACAUGAUGGCGGCCUGCGACCCGCGCCACGGCCGCUACCUCACCUUAUAG